AUGCGGGAGGCUUUGAAGUGUGACCUCGAGCAGAACCGGAGUGGGAACGGUGGGAGUGGAGAGGAUGAAGAUGAUGAAGAGAUGGUGGAGCCAAAAGCACAGGAUGACUUGGAGACGGAAAAUCAAGACCAGAAGCAGGAAGUGAAAGAAGCUCCUCCUAGAGAACUGACAGAAGAAGAAAAACAGCAAGUUCUCCAUUCAGAAGAAUUCCUCAUAUUUUUUGACCGGACAAUACGUGUAAUUGAGAGAGCUUUGGCUGAAGAUUCAGACAUCUUCUUUGACUACAGUGGCAGAGAUGUAGAAGAGAAAGAUGGAGAUGUUCAAGCAGGAGCCAACCUUUCCUUUAACCGUCAGUUUUAUGAUGAGCACUGGUCAAAGCAUCGUGUUGUCACCUGUAUGGAUUGGUCUCUUCAGUACCCUGAGUUGAUGGUUGCAUCUUAUAACAAUAAUGAAGAUGCUCCACAUGAGCCCGAUGGGGUAGCCUUGGUAUGGAACAUGAAGUUCAAGAAAACUACACCGGAAUAUGUUUUCCAUUGUCAGUCCUCUGUGAUGUCUGUCUGUUUUGCUCGCUUUCACCCAAACUUGGUCGUUGGUGGAACAUACUCUGGCCAAAUUGUCUUGUGGGAUAAUCGCAGUCACAGGCGGACUCCAGUUCAGAGAACUCCCUUAUCUGCUGCUGCUCACACGCAUCCUGUGUAUUGUGUGAAUGUAGUUGGAACACAGAAUGCACACAAUCUCAUUACCGUCUCUACGGAUGGCAAAAUGUGCUCCUGGAGCCUGGACAUGCUCUCAACUCCACAGGAGAGCAUGGAGCUGGUGUACAAUAAGUCCAAAGCAGUGGCGGUUACAGGAAUGGCUUUCCCAACCGGAGAUGUCAAUAACUUUGUCGUUGGCAGUGAAGAGGGAACAGUCUACACAGCCUGUCGUCAUGGAAGUAAAGCUGGCAUUGGUGAAAUUUUUGAAGGCCACCAAGGACCCGUCACAGGAAUCAACUGUCACAUGGCAGUGGGUCCAAUUGACUUUUCCCAUCUCUUUGUCACAUCAUCAUUUGACUGGACAGUCAAGUUGUGGACCACAAAG